AUGGCGACCAGAGUCGACGAUGAUGGCCGCCCAAUGCGAACUGGGACUUGGGUGACGGCGAGCGCCCACAUCAUCACAGCGGUGAUCGGGUCAGGGGUUCUGUCCCUGGCUUGGGCGAUCGCCCAGCUGGGCUGGGUGGCCGGACCGGCCACUCUCAUCAUCCUUUUCACCUCCACCCUCCUCGCCGACGCCUACCGCCACCCGGACCCGGUCACCGGCCAGCGCAACUACACCUACAUGGACGCGGUCGUCUUUGGCUGCAUCCAGCUGAUCCUUAGCCAGGUGCCCAACUUCCACAAGUUGUCCUGGCUCUCCAUCCUGGCCGCCGUCAUGUCCCUCACCUAUUCGCUCAUUGGCUUGGGUCUCUCCAUAGCCAAAGUUGCUGCUUCAGGAGGUGAGGCAAUAGCGACUUCAGCGAUGGUGUCAGAGGCGCAGAGGUGGUGGAGAAUUUUCCAAGCGAUUGGCAACAUUGCCUUUGCAUAUGCCUACUCCACUGACACCCUGAAAUCGAGCCCGGCGGAGAACAAAGCAAUGAAACGGGCAAGUGUUGUGGGCAUCUCGACUACAACAAUUUUCUACCUCCUCUGCGGCUGUGUUGGCUACGCGGCGUUUGGAAAACACGCGCCGGGGGAUUUACUGUCCGGGUCCGGAUUCGAUCAUCCGGUGUGGCUACUCAACGUAGCCAAUGUCUGCGUGGCUAUCCACCUCAUCGGCGCUUACCAAGUGUUUGCACAGCCGAUUUUUAGCUUGGUGGAGUCCAGCUGUCGUCAGAGGUGGCCAGAGGUCAAGUUCGUCACGACGGACCACCAGAUCACCAUUCCAUACCUAGGUGGCACGAGCUUCCACGUCAACUGGUUCAAAUUGGUUUGGAGGUCCGCCUACGUGGCAGUGACCACCGUCUUGGCCAUGGUCCUCCCGUUCUUCAACGUUUUCUUGGGCCUGAUCGGGGCAGUCUCUUUUUGGCCUCUGACUGUCUACUUUCCGAUCGAGAUGUACAUCGUCCGAGCGAAAGUGUCGAAGCUCUCCUUCUCCUGGAUGUGCCUGCAAGCCUUGAGUUUCGCCUGUUUGCUUGUUUCACUCGUCGCAGCCGCGGGAUCAGUGGAAGGACUCAUCGAGUCUCUCAAAACGUACCACCCUUUUAAGAAUGAAGCAUAA